UGGCAACCUCGUGUGAACGCAAGCUUCCGGCCUGGCAUGUGAGGGAGAAGGGCGGUUGAGGCUGAACAUGUUUCCCGAACUGAACAGCCUGUUGGGCGCUAGCACCGACUCGGUGGACAGGGGGAAGCUCACCCUGCUCUGUGACCGGAAAACCAACGGGAGCUUCCUGCUGCAUCACUUCCUGUCCUACUACCUGAAAGCCGGCUGUAAGGUGUGUUUCGUGGGCCUCGCGCAGUCCUUCAGUCACUACAGCGCCGUCGCCCAGAAGCUGGGCGUGAAUCUCCAGUCCGCCAGGGACGAGGGGCAGCUGGUGUUCCUGGAAGGGCUCAGAUCUUACACGGACCUGCUGUUUGGGGAGAAGACGGACCCUCAAAACCCGCUCUGCUUCCUAAGGGACGGUUCAGACCUCAAGCCUCUUUAUGACUUUGUUAGUGCGGCGCUGGCGCCCUCCUCAGGCCAGCGUUGGAAAUGCCCAGUGCUGAUUGUGGAUGAUGGCAGUGUGCUGCUGAGUCUGGGGGUUUCUGCCGUGCAGGUGCUGGACUUCAUACAUUACUGCCAGGCGACCGUGUGCGGCAAGAACAAGGGGAACGUCCUUUGUCUUGUGCACAAUGACAGCGACGGUGAAGAUGAGGAGAACGAGCUGCUGGUGAAGUCUCUGUGGCACCGGAGCACCCUGAUCCUACAGGCCGAGGGACUGCAGACCGGAUUCUGUAAGGACGUGCACGGCCAGCUGCUGAUCACUCGGCGUGCGCUGAUCCGCGGCGGAGGGGAGAAGGACCGGUCCGCAGUGUAUCAGUACAAGAUCCAAGACAAAAAUGUCACCUUCUUUGCCAGAGGACUGUCUGCGGCUGUGCUGUGAGGGGCCCGUCUGCGGCUGUGCUGUGAGGGGUCCGUCUGCGGCUGUGCUGUGAGGGGUCCGUCUGCCUCCGUGCCAUCGGGGAUGGCAGCCAAAGGGAUUAUUUCCUGAAAAAGUCACUGCUUUUGCGGCUGCUGCGAUUUACUGGGGGGUAACAGAAUCUCACUAACUAUAAUAACUGCCCCAGUCAGGGCAUUUACGGAAAGGACUGAAACUUUGCAGAUCUUACUGUAGAAUAAAUGAGUCUGAGGGGAUCCUGAAGGCUUAUUCAGGAAUUACUCUUGUUUACAGGAAAUAUUUAUUGGCAUUUUUUUUUUUAACUGCCAAGAAAAUUUUUGCAGAUUCUGUAAGCGACCCUCUCUCCCUGUACAAAAACUAAAAUGUACACGCGAUCUCCCUGCGAGGGGCUGCGGGAGGGUCCUGUAUACCGAAUAGAUAAUUCAGUGAGGCGGCCCUGUCCUCAUACGCGGGGUAAUAGACGGCUGGCGCGCCAUUUACCUGAUCUCGCCCAUCUCACCCGGCAUAAUAACAUUUUCGAUAUGGAAACUCUGAACCAGCGCUGGGAGAAAGGAAACAGCCGACACGACUAAUCAAGUAUCCUGUGAAUUGUUUUAUGUAAGAAAAGUACAGAAUGAGAUUUAAAAUAAAAAAGACUAAAUUAAAAACACAAA